UGUAACGAAGAAUACAAACACACUCUCUCUCUCUCUCUCUCUCUCUCUCUCUCUCUCUCUCUCAUCCAAAUCCUUUUCCUUACUCUUCGUUGUCUGCGAUUUCUCUCUGAUUGAACCCGAAGAAAGAGCGUUGAGAGAAAUAGAUGAACGAAUUCAAAGAAAGAACCAUAAUGGAACUAAUAAGCGAUACCGACUUCGUCAGUUCCUUCAGUAAGGAGGAGAUUGACGUGGCUUCAAUCUUGUUGGAACUUCCCCGCCUCAUCGCCGAAUCUGAGUCCCGCCGCUUACGCCCUUUACUCACCUGGGGAGCCAGGAAGAAGAGAUCUUCCUGCGACAGCGCUUCUCUCCCCCCACCGCCGACAUCAUCGUCACAGCAGCCGGCCGUCCAACCGGUCUCUGUUCCUGUGGCCGCAGAUGGCGCCAAGAACGAGGUGGAUAGAACUAGCCCUAUAACGCCCCUCUCGUUCCCGCCCAGCGAAUGUGAGGACAAGUCCAAGAAGCCAAAGAAGAAGGUUUCUCUGAAAAGGAAGAGACAGGAAUUGUUGGAGCUGGUGGAGAAGUUAACUCACCGCAGGGAAUUGUUUCUAAGGGAAGUGGAGACGGUUAAGAAAUACUGCGAGGAGCAAAAGGCGCUAAAUUUACUGUUGAAGAGGAAGGAAGAAGAGGUGAUAAGUGCUAAGAAGAGUGUUGAAAAUGGUGAAACGCUGUCGUUUUUUCCGGCGGGAGCGAGCGGGAACGAUAAGGUGGUGUUGUCUGGCGGCAUCCCGGAUCUGAACCUAAUUCCGGCGGAGGCGAUGUCUGAUAUGAACAGGGCUUUGGCAGCUGCAGCCAGAAGACGCAGAAUUGAGAUUUGCAGAUCCAAGCUCCGUCAUAUGCACAGAUAGACAUGGUCAAAAUCUAUUGACUUCCC